UUUACUGAAAGCUGAAUCUGGAGAGAAUUCGAAAGUGGUGCUGUGGAUUAGUUACUGCAAGAAGCUUCCCUGCAUAGCUGAGACGAAGAGAUUCAGGGUUUUCUACCAGUUUUUUGCUUGUUGGAGUUUCAGUGCUGGCUAAGGAUUUGGAUAACUGCAUCCAGUUAUCUAAAGAAGCAAUGAAAGGAUGUAUACAAAACAAGUCAGGGAUUUAUAGAAAGAAUAGGUUUGAUGUAAAUCACCAUGGUCCUCUCUGGCUGCUACAGAACAUGCUGGAAUAUUAAUAUGGGUGUUGAAGAAGCUGUUACUGGAGAAUUGCAUGUGACCUGGACUGAAAGGGUUCUCUGCAUUGAAACAAACAUAUUUUACUAUUGUCUCCAGUAGAUGUAAAAAGGGCACGCUGCAAGAAAAGUUGGAUUACAGAUAAAUUAAAUGAAUAGAUUGUUUUUUAAGGAUUAGUCCUGACUUUAUUUCUGGAUUCAUCUGUUAAUAUCAAGGAGGGAACACGCAGUGAGAAUGCAAAGUGCUUAAAUAUCCAAGGUUUACAAUCCAUCGAAAGAAUUUCUCAGUCUGGAUUCAGAUAAUGGAAGAGGAGGUGAACACCAUGCCUGAUCUGAGCCCCCUGUCUCUGUUUCUGGGCAUUACUCCUGAAGACCACCUGUGUGCUCCUCCCCCCAACUUUAUUACCAAGGUGCAGAAGUGCAGACAGGCAGUCAGUGCUUUGGAAGAGAGCCUAGAAUCUGAUCUACAUGUUGUGAACAAGAUCCGAAAGAGCGUCCGAUCGAUUUACAGCUCAGGGAUUACUCAUGUGGAAGCCCAGGAGGCAUACAUGGAAGCCCUUCAGUGUUUAGGCAGUAACCAGAUCUCCUCCAACAACCAUGAACUCUCUACAGGUUUCCUAAACCUAUCAGUACUCUCAAGGGAGCUCAGUGCACUCUUCAGCAACAUGAUACACAAUCUUAAUAGCAUCCUCACAUUUCCUCUAGACUCUAUGCUACGUGGAGAUUCAAAAGAUAGCAAAUUGGAUCUAAAGAAACAGGCUGACAGGAGCUGGAAGGAAUAUGAAAUAAAAGUGAUGAAGAAAGGUCGCUCAGGCAGUUCUCGAGGCGAUACUGAAUCCAGUGAGGAAGCAGAAAGGGAGCGCAAAGUAUUUCAGUUGCACUUGUGUGAGUAUCUGAUCAAACUGGGUGAAGCACAGAUAAAACAAGGUCCUGAUUUCCUCCAGUGUCUCAUAAAAUUCUUUCAGGCACAGCUCAAUUUUUUUCAGGAUGGAUUAAAUGCAGCACAAAGUCUUCUUCCUUUUAUUGAAAAACUCUCUGGUACACUGCAUAAUAUACAUCAUACUCGGGACGAAGAGCUAAAGCAACUUUCAGAGCAUCGUGAUAACCUACAGAAACAGCUUCAGAUAGACAAUAAAGAGGAUGGCCUAAGCAGAAAGGAUUCUGGGACUGGUUAUAGUUUGCACCAACCUCAAGGAGAUAAGCAAUAUGGCACAGAGAAAUCUGGAUUUCUGUACAAGAAAAGUGAGGGGAUUCGGAAAGUUUGGCAAAAAAGAAAAUGUGGAGUAAAAUAUGGAAAUCUAACAAUAUCCCACAGUACGAUCAAUCGCCCUCCUGCUAAGAUUAAAUUGCUGACUUGCCAUGUGCGUCCUAAUGUUGAAGACAAACGGAACUUUGACCUAAUAACACUUGCUGCAUUUAACUGUGCAGAGAUGUACAGAACACAGUUGUCACAGUUGUCACGUACAAUCACAGUCGUCCAGGGGCAGCAGAUCCUGCCCAGAAAUUACAAAACAUGGGACACAGAUAAUAGAACCUAUCACUUUCAGGCCGAGGAUGAAAAUGAGGCUCUGGUCUGGAUCUCUGUGCUACAGAACAGUAAGGAUGAAUCCAUGAAUGCAGCAUUUGGUGGAGAUGGAGGAUUCAUAGACAGCCCCCACCAAAUAAACAAGCAGAUUAUUAAUGAGAUUAGGUCCUUACCUGGGAACCAAGUGUGCUGUGACUGUGGAGCACCAGAACCAUCCUGGGUCUCAACUAACUUGGGAAUUCUAAUCUGUAUUGAGUGCUCUGGAAUCCACAGAGAUCUGGGUGUGCGCUACUCCCGGGUCCAGUCUUUAACCCUUGACCUGCUUAGCACCUCUGAGCUACUGCUUGCCGUUUCUGUUGGGAAUACUAAACUCAAUGAAGUACUGGAGGCAACACUUCCAGCAUUUAACACCAAACCUAACCCUACUAGUGAUAUGAUCACUAGGAAGGAUUAUAUCUCUGCCAAAUAUGUGGAACACAGCUUUGUGAGCAAAGAUCGGACCGAUUCCUUUCACAGAGUCCGUGCUGCUAUUCAGAGCUGCGACUUGACUGCUCUGCUUCAGUGCAUGGCAAGUGGUGCCGACCUGAGCAAACCAAUACCCAGUAUGGACAGCCAGGACUUAAGUGAGUCCCCUUUGCACUUUGCUAUUCGUAUGUCUGACAGGAGCUCCCUCCCAGUAGUGGAUUUCAUUAUCCAGAAUGGAGGAGCUUUGGACAAAGUGACUACAGAUGGACAUACUGCACUUCAUUAUGGAGUAAAAUAUAACAAACUGGACUGUAUUCGACUUCUCUUGAGAGCCAAAGCAUCUCUAACUGCAGGGAAUAAUGAUGGAUUAACCCCUUUGAUGCUGGCUCAAAGUAUGAAGCAUACAGACUGUGAAGAGCUGCUUGAAAAAGCAGCAACAGGAUGUUUUGUAUGUGAUGUGGAUUUUGAUUGGUUCCAUCAAGAUGAGGAAGAAAGCAAUAGUGAAGACGAUGAAGGAGAAAAGACCAUCUCUUUGUCAACGCCAAUCAAGCUCCCUCCCCGGCACAGCUCCAUGGGUUUGGACAUCAGCAACAAGACAUAUGAAACUAUAAAUAUUCCUCAGAGAGGACCACCUCCCCACAGAUCCAGGAGUCUGGAGACCCCACCACCCCUUCCUGCAAAAACUCAUCCUCGUAAGUGCUCAGAAUUUUCACUCCAGUCCUCUUUUACCUCAAAUCGUCCUCUCAGCACUAUCAGCCAGCCAUCUACAAGUGAGGAAUGGGAGGGUUUACAAGAAGCUGGGUUGCAACGGCGGUCAUCUGAACCUCCACGAUGCUCCAUGGACCAUUCUUCCUUCCCUCUGAAAUCCAACACAGAUGGAGUGAAGUCAUACAGGAGAGUUAAAGGGACCUGUACUGCCCUACCACACUCAGAUUUUCCACCACAUGGCAGAGCUUCUCUCCUUGGCUCUUCCCCAUUCUGUCAUCCUGACUCUGAGAAUCUCACAGGUGGCAUAAAUAGGAAAAGAUGCUCCCAAGAUGAAAAUCUGCAACAAUCACCAAAGUGAUAACUGUUCCCCCAAAGGAAUGCCAUGUGACCAGAAAAAGGGGACUCAGUGUCUGUUCAUUCUUCUGUAUAUUUUGAGUGUCUUCAGUGGACCGUCAAGGGACUUAAAAACAUUUCAAGGACUGUUGGCUGCUAAUGCGAAAAAAGUCAAAGUAGUCCUGGAUUAGUAUGUAAAUAUAUACUGUAUAUAUAUAUUCUCUUCAUCUUAUCAUACUCGUGUGUAUGUUUAUGUACAUAUAAUGUUGCAUUAUUGCAGGACAUUCGCGGGCGAGUGCCUUGCCAUUUAUCUUUUUUAAUCAUUUGACUAUAAGAAUUCAAAAGAUUUCAGUAAUAGUACCCCAAUGCUGAUGCACACCAGAAAAAUUUAAUCAAAAAAAGAUAAAUAAAUUAAAACAGGUUUAAAAAGAUGUUGGCAAUGUGCAAUGCAUAAGUGCCAGUGGACAGAAGUCACAAGGGAUCACUGCAUUUAGUACAGGAAUCGUAUGCAUCUUGCAGUGCAGUAGGACUAACUGAGCAGUUCCAAGUGUAGAGGCAUUCACCACUGUGAGUUCCACAACCACAAACUUGCUGCAAAUAUAUUAACAAUGUAUUGUGGUGUUGGUGGCCUUGAAGAAAUUUUCAUGGUUAUUUAUGUAAUGUUCAUGCAACCUACAUGUCCAGUAUGAAAUUGGGGAUCUGGGUCCCUUAGCAUAAGUGUAUAUCUUAGGGGCACAUUUACAAAGGCACGAAUGCUCGAGCGUUCAUGCGAACGCUCUGAGCGUAUUUUCGUCGAUUUUUUUCGGGCGUCCGGAUGACUUUUUCGUACGCCGCAUGACUUUUUCAGACGUUUGCACAAAAAAAUCGGAAAGGUUUUACCACUGUUUACAAUUGUUCAGUACGAAAAUUUAGUGACUUUCGGAUCGCCAAUACGAUAUUUUCGUGACGAAUACGAUUUUUUCGCAAGCAUUUUCGUGAUAUUUGCGAUCUUCAGAAAUUUUCGUUUCCAAUCCGAUUUUUUCCCAUUCGUGAUUCGGAUUCGUGGAUUAGUAAAUGUGCCCCUUAUAGUUGCUUAAUAGAAAGGCAGGGCCAUGAAAUUAAGGUGAGCUGAAUACAUCCAAUACAAUGAGUCCAUUAAAAAUAUACAAUUCUUUGUACUAUGAAUUGGUUAUAUAAACUAUAAUAUCAGAAUCUUUCUAGUUAUGAGUUUGGAUUAGGCUGAGCUUUGUUAUUUACAAAAACAAAACUAGGCAGCAAUGAUUCCUCUAGCUUUAGUUAUUUUAUUGUAUGUGUCACUGUGACCUAAUCUGUAAUGGGUGAUAGAAAUAUAUAUAUUAUCUUUUUUUGUUAGUGAUCAGAGGUAACCCUCUAAUCCCUGCAACGAGACACAGCGGGAAGUACCAAAUCAUACAUGUCAAUUCAAAAAUGAUAAUUGACUUGAUAGAAUAGUAUGUUUUUUUUGUUAUCUGUGUAUUCUUCCCACCUCCUGGGUCAACUGUCUAGUAUUUUUUAGUAUUUCACAAAAUAAUCUGUACCACUAUACUGUUAGUAGCAUGCUAAUUUUUUUUUACAUUGAAUAAAUAUAUUGUUUGUACUUUUCAUUGAAUUAUUCCUUUAUUAAAAAUUACAACUCAGGUCUAGGGUUCCCAGACUGAAGGGCUUGGCACUUUAUAGUAUCCCAGAAGUUCUGUACCCAGUUUUUUUUUAUUAUUAUCGUUAUUAUAGUUAUGUAUAUAUCUUGUGUAUUGAACCUUUUUGAUCCAGGAGGACGAUAUUUCGUCCCACUGUAUACUUGUAAGUAUAUUGUUGGGAUGACAAUAAAACUCUACUUACUUACUAAAA